AUGGGGGAAAAUGAUGAUGAAAAAUACAGUCAAGCUGGCCAGAUAUUUGAAAACUUUGUACAAGCUUCAACAUGCAAAGGCACCAUCCAGGCCUUCAAUAUUCUCACUCGCCAACUUGAAUUGGAUCCUUUGGACAAUAGAAACUUUUUCACCAAACUCAAAUCGAGAGUGACCACAUGGAAGGCCAAAGCUUUGUGGAAUAAGCUUGAUAAAAGAGCAAGUCACAAAGAGUAUAAACGUGGAAAGUCUUGUAUGAACACUAAGUGUUUAAUUAUUGGUGGUGGCCCCUGUGGCCUGCGGACUGCCAUUGAACUUGCCUUCCUGGGAGCCAAGGUUGUGGUCGUGGAGAAGCGGGACACUUUCUCAAGGAACAACGUGCUGCAUCUCUGGCCCUUCACCAUCCAUGACCUUCGGGGACUGGGAGCAAAGAAAUUCUAUGGGAAGUUCUGUGCAGGAUCUAUUGAUCACAUCAGUAUUCGACAGCUUCAACUCAUCCUCUUCAAAGUUGCACUCAUCCUGGGAGUGGAAAUUCACGUGAACCUGGAGUUUGUGAAAGUCCUGGAGCCUCCUGAAGAUCAAGAAAACCAAAAGACAGGUUGGAGGGCUGAAUUUCUCCCCGUGGAUCACCCUUUGUCAGAGUAUGAAUUUGAUGUUAUCAUUGGUGCAGAUGGCCGCAGGAACACGUUAGAAGGCUUCAGGAGGAAGGAAUUUCGUGGAAAGCUGGCCAUUGCAAUCACUGCCAAUUUUAUAAACAGAAAUACAACUGCAGAAGCCAAGGUAGAAGAAAUUAGUGGGGUUGCUUUCAUCUUCAACCAGAAGUUCUUCCAGGACCUGAAAGAGGAAACGGGGAUUGACCUGGAGAAUAUUGUUUACUAUAAGGACAGCACGCAUUAUUUUGUGAUGACAGCAAAAAAGCAGAGUCUUCUGGACAAAGGAGUGAUUAUUAAUGACUCCAUUGACACCGAGCUGCUGCUCUGUGGGGAAAAUGUGAACCAGAACAAUCUGCUGUCCUAUGCCAGAGAAGCUGCUGACUUUGCAACCAACUACCAGCUGCCUUCCUUGGAUUUUGCAAUUAAUCACUACGGGCAACCAGAUGUAGCAAUGUUUGAUUUUACCUCCAUGUAUGCAUCUGAGAAUGCUGCACUGGUGAGAGAGAGGCACAGGCAUCAGCUCCUGGUGGCCCUUGUUGGAGACAGCUUGCUUGAGCCCUUCUGGCCGAUGGGCACUGGCUGUGCCAGAGGGUUCCUGGCUGCCUUUGACACAGCGUGGAUGGUGCGGAGCUGGGCACAGGGCAAGCCCCCGCUGGAGAUCCUGGCUGAACGAGAGAGCAUUUAUCGACUCUUGCCUCAGACGACCCCUGAAAAUAUUAAUAAAAACUUUGAGCAGUACACCAUCGACCCAGGAACAAGAUACCCGAACUUGAACUCGAGCUGCGUUCGACCUCACCAGGUGAGGCAGUUAUAUGUUACCAAUGAGCUGCAGCAGUGUCCUCUUGAAAGGGUGAGCUCCAUCAGAAGAUCAGUGAACCUCAGAAGACAAGAGUCAGAUAUUCGGCCUAACAAGCUUUUGACGUGGUGCCAGAAGCAGACAGAGGGGUACAGGAACGUGAAUGUCACUGACCUGACCACCUCCUGGAAAAGUGGCCUUGCCCUGUGUGCCAUCAUCCAUCGCUUCAGGCCUGACCUCAUUGACUUUGAGGCACUGAAGGAGGAGGACGUGGUGAGGAACAACCAGCUGGCGUUCGACGUGGCCGAGCAGGAGUUCGGGAUCCCGCCGGUGACCACGGGCAGGGAGCUGGGCUCGGCUGGGGAGCCCGACAAGCUGAGCAUGGUGCUGUACCUGUCCAAGUUCUACGAGCUGUUCCGGGGCACCCCUCUGCGAGCAGUAGAUGCUGCUGAAAAGCAAAAUGGAGAAAAUAAUGAUCUUGGUUCAGCAAAAUCAUCGAAUUUCAUCUUUAAUAAUUAUAUCAAUUUAACUUUACCAAGAAAACGAGUACCAAAGGCUGAAGGGAAAACAGAAGAAAAUGAAACAAACAAAAGGCGUCGGAAAGGACUCUUCGGUGUCUUUGAGCAGGUUGGCUUUCCAAGCCAGGGGACAGACAAUGGGAAAGAACAGAGUGAUGGCAGAGAAGGAAUGAACCAGAACAAAGUGAAAUCCAUGGCAACUCAGCUGCUGGCAAAGUUUGAAGAGAACACUUCCAAUACAAUUCUGCGGAGACAGGGUUCUCUGCGGAAGGAAUUCCCCAAGUCCAUCGGGGGGAGUGAUAUUUGUUAUUUCUGCAAGAAGAGGGUCUAUGUCAUGGAGCGGCUGAGUGCAGAGGGCCACUUCUUCCACAGGGAGUGCUUCAAGUGUGAAAUAUGUUCUACAACACUCCGCUUAGGAAUCUAUGCCUUUGAUGUUGAGGAAGGUAAAUUUUACUGUAAACCUCAUUUUACGCACUGCAAGAUCAGUACGAAACACAGAAAGAGAAGAGCAACAAUACAGAUCCAUGGACAGGCGAUCGACGCGUGGAAGAAAGUAGAAGCCAAGCCCGCAGAGAUGAACACAGAAAGCACUUUGUCCCCUGCUAGCAGUCCAGAGGACAGGUCCCCAGGUAUCCUGACUUCCUUCUUACGGGGCGCGCUAAGCUGGCCCCUGCGGGUGACCAGGGAUCUGCUUGACAUUCCCAGCCGCCUGGGUGACUGGAUGCAUGGUGUCCUGCACGCUACCCAGCUCCAUUUCAGGGACAAUGCCUAUAACUAUACCUACCUGUACGAGCUCCUGAGCCUUGGGGUGCCGCUGCUCUGCGCUCUCCUGGAGGUACUCACUCACAUGUACCGGGAGGCAGAGCUCUCACUUGAGAACGUGCUUGAGUGGGUGAAAAGGUUCUGUGGGGUUUGAGUUGUGUCUUGCUCAGUCGUGCCUUUCAGAUUUUCCAAGUUAACAGCCUGGCUGUUGUCUCGAGGCAGGGAGGGGGGGGGGGGGGUGGAUUUUGGUUUGGAGGGUUUUGGUUUUGCUUUCCGUGCAAUUUCACGUGUGACUUUGUUGAAUGGUGGAUUCCUUGUGAUAGAAGCGAGGUACAAUCAAAAUUUUCAACGUAAAAUGUACUGUAUGUUAGAGCAUGAAGGACAGUGUCCAAACACAUUUCCACAACAUGCACUCAGAUGAAGGAUAUUUUCUAGAUUAUUUCCCCCCUGUUUUAUUCUGUGAUCAGACCACUGGAGAAGAUGGUACAUUUUUGAACCCAUUUUUCUCCUUACUCUCCGCAGCUUUUUGUUUUUCUUUUUUUCUUUUCUCUUUUUUUUUUUUUUUUCUUCAGUUAGACCAAGAAAGAAUGUGUGUUCUUUCAGGAAUAUUUCUGACAGAUGACUGGGUUUUGAAACCUGAGUAUGGCACAUAGCUUUUUAUUUUGUCCUUGCUCUCAUCUUUGCUCUAGGCUAUGAGGUUUAUAACUUGCAUGAAUAUGUUUCAAAAAAACCAUGUACAUAAUUCAGGUUGUUCCUAGUCAUGCCUUUUACAUUGCUUGUGAAGGAUACCUUUUGUUGAUAGUGGGUAUUACCUGUUCUGCUAAUUUAUUUGAAGUUUUAAAAUAAAUUUAAAGAGCAAAUGAUAGUUGAGUGAAGGCUUGAUUGAAAUUUUAAGGCAAGGGAACUGGUAGGAAGAAGUAGACCACACACUCCUCAAGUCCAAGCUUCCUCAUUUUUUGAAUGUAAUUCCUGUACAAUUACUCAUUUAGUGGCUGAUAUGAGGAAUAUCAAUUUAUUGAGCGCUCCUCUGUAACUGAAGUCACUCCUGUUGUGCCUCUGGGCAGGCACUGCUCUCAGUGUCUUCAGGAAUUUUUAAAAAACACAGGUUUAGAGCAAACAUCAAAAGCCUAUAAAUGUAUUCUUAGGCAAGAACAACUUUCUGGGGUUAAUUCAUUUCAGGGUGUUCAGCUGGUGGUAGAAAGGUGAAAUUCUGUUACCUGCAGUGGCAGAUGAGUAAAUUUCUAUCAGAUGUCCCCCAGCAAGGUCUGCCUUAAUCAGAAGGUCUACCUUAGCUUGUUAAACAAGGACACAGUGACAUCCCAAUGCUCAUUGCUUUCAGCCUAGUUAGCCAGCCUAGGUAAGCGUGCUCCCUGCCUUUCAAGUACUUUUUUAUACUCAGAAGUUUACCAGGUAAACCCUUAAACAUGGCAAUAUGUGUAGCCUGAAAUGAAAAGCAUCUGUAGCAUUCAUUUGUAGCCAGAAGAAUGUGGUGUAAACAGUAGGAAAUACUGUUGCAUUCAAGUUAGUACCAAAACUGAGGAUCACCUGCUAGUGGUCUCAAGUGACUGUGCUGCCUAUGGGCUGGCAGGUCUUGGGGUUUGUUGUUUUGUUCUGUUUUGUUUUGAUUUAAUAUAAUGUGGGAAAAGAUUAUUUGAAUUGUUUUGCAUCUUAGGUAUGAAAAGGAAAUGUGUCUGCUGUUGCAAAUAAAUGACAAACUGGAUCUUUCUUCUAGAUAGUUUGCCUUUCUUUAAACUAUGAGGAUGAGCUUUUCACAUUUUAGAGUGGUUAUGUAUUUUGGGGGGGAAAUUGUUCUUUUUAUGCACAAAACUUGAAAGUGCUUGAAGAAAAUGGUUAGAUAUAAGGUAGCAUUUCUUUGCAUAAAUUGCCAUUAAUGCUCAAACAUGUAUUCAGCCAAACUUUGCUACAAUAUUGAGUGAGCACAGCAAUAAUUACAGUUACACAGUGACCCAUCUGUAUAUAUGGAAUGUAUCUGCAUCUUUCUUACAGCAUUUUAAAAACCUGGCAUGGAAACACUGUAUUAUUUUCAAUUGUUUGCUAAUGACAGUAACUGCUUCACCCAGAA